GAGUAAUUCGUGUUGGUAUCUAUUGAGUACAUGUGUGUGUGAGUGCGUGCUACGGCUGCUGCUUGUCACUCAUUGUGCCGUGAACACGGGUAGCGACAAGGACCAAAAUUCCGUCCGGUAGCAGUUGUUGUCCCUGGAAAGGCUGAUAUCUGCCCCCCCCCCUCUCAGUAGAGACACCUCGCUUGUUUAAAGUGCGUCUGCUUCUUCAAGGAGAAUAUCUGUGACACAUUACAAUGCUUCAAAUAGGGGACCUCAUCUGGGGAUUGCUAUUCAUUGGCUGUGCAGCUGCCAUCCAGGUGCAAAUCACUCCAACACAAGGAGAGAUCAGCGUAGGAGAGUCCAAGUUUUUCCUCUGUGAAGUGUUGGGAGAUGUAAAAGACAUAGACUGGUACGCCCCCAGUGGCGAGAAGAUCCUCCCCAACAGGCCAGACAUUUUUGUGAGCCGUGGCGAUGAAACCAUGUCAACCCUCACCAUAUACCACGCCAACGUGGACAGUGCUGGUAUCUACAAGUGUGUGGCAAAGAACGGGGACAAGGAGGCCCAGGCAACAGUCCAAGUGAAGAUCUUUCAGAAGAUCACCUUCGAGAGUGCUCCCACCCCGCAGGAGUUUAAUGAAGGCGAUGAUGCCGACAUAGUCUGCAAUGUGGUCAGCUCGCCGCCACCCACCAUCAUUUGGAAGCACAAGGGCUCCAGGAUCCAAGUUGCCAAAGAUGUGCGAUUCAAGAUCAUGGAUAAUGGCCACCUGCAGAUCCGUGGCAUCAAGAAGACAGAUGAGGGCAUGUACAACUGUGAGGCUCGUGUCAUGGCCAGGGGAGAAAUUGACUUCAGGAUGAUCAGGGUCGUUGUUAAUGUGCUUCCCACCAUCCGUGCCAGGCAGUCAGAGGUCAACGCCACAGCAGACAUUGGCAGCUCUGCCUUGUUAGCCUGUGAUGCGGACGGCUUCCCUGAACCCACCGUCACCUGGGCACAUAACAACAUUGUCCUUGAAACGGGUGAUAAGUACAGCCUGAACGAGGAUGGCUCAGAAUUGGUAAUAAAAGAUGUCAAGAAAGUGGAUGAAGGAGAUUACACCUGCAUCGCCAAGAACAAGGCGGGAGAGAAAGCCGAGGAAGUCAGCCUGAACGUGUUCGUGCAACCUAAGAUCACCUACCUGAAUAACCAGACUGCCUCAGAGUUUGACGAUCAAGUCACCCUGACCUGUGAGGCUUCGGGCGACCCCACACCCACCAUCUCCUGGAGUUUCGAUAACAGGGUAUUGACCGAAGGAGAGCAGGCUUCUUGGACGCGACCAGACAAAUAUGAGAGCCUUGAUAGAAACAUUGUGGUACGCAGCCACGCGCGGGUGUCCUCUCUCACCUUGAAAAAUGUCCUCUUCACGUAUGCCGGCCAGUACCUCUGCACCGCCAGCAAUUCCAUUGGCCAGGACGACCAGCACAUGUACCUGGAAGUCCGCUAUGCUCCAAAGAUCCUGGGUCGAGUGACAGUGUACACGUGGGAGGGGAACCCAGCCAACAUCAGCUGUGAGGUUGAGGCUCACCCCGGAGCCUCAGUGGUUUGGUUUAGAGACGGCUUCCAGCUGCCCUCUGCCAACACCACCAACAUGAAGAUCUACAACACACCGACCAUCAGCUACCUGGAGGUUACUCCUGAUUCUCAGAAUGAUUUUGGGAGCUACAACUGCACAGCAACCAAUGUGAUGGGCUCUGAGUCCAAGGAGUUCCUUCUGAUCCAAGCAGAUGUGCCAUCAUCGCCAGAAAUUACGCUAGUGGAACCUUUCUCCAGCACUGCAGUGGUGAAGUUUGAGGAGCCUGACUCCAUGGGUGGAGUGCCCAUUAUCAAGUACAGAGUGGAAUGGCGUUUGCCUGGCCAGGAUUGGAUUGGCAGUGAGCACAAUGCUAAGGACGACAUGACCACGAUCACCAUUGUUGGCCUGAAGCCAGAGACCACCUAUGAGGUCAAGAUGUCAGCCAUCAACGGCAAGGGCGAAGGCGAGAGCAGCCCGGCCAGGACUUUCAAGACCGAGCCAGUCCUUUCGUCAGAGGUCCCACCCCCUAUUGCUGCCACCAGUAUGGCCCGUAGGGAACCCAGUGCCCCCAAACUAGAAGUCAAGAUGCAGGACAGGGGCAAUACUCUUAAGGUCAACUGGAUCAAGCAGGAUGAUGGCGGUUCCCCCAUUAAACACUACCUGGUCAGAUACAAGGCUAAGCAUGUAUCUGACUGGAAACCAGAGAUCCGCAUUCCCCACAACAGUGAGUACGUGACGCUGAGCGGCCUGGACUGGAAUACAGAGUAUGAGGUUCACGUGGUGGCAGAGAAUCAGCAGGGCAAGUCGGAGCCGGGCAUCAUCUCCUUCAGAACAGCUGUAGACCCCACUACCAUCCCAGAUGCCAUGGACGGGGGCUCAGGCCUGGGCACCGGCGCCAUCGUAGGCAUCCUCAUUGUUGUCUUCUUCCUGCUGUUGGUGGGCGUGGACGUCACCUGCUACUUCCUCAACAAGUGUGGACUCCUCAUGUGCAUUGCUGUGAACUUCUGUGGAAAGGCCGGGCCGGGUGCUAAGAGCAAGGACAUUGAGGAGGGCAAGGCGGCAUUCACGAAAGAUGAGUCCAAGGAGCCCAUUGUUGAGGUGAGAACAGAGGAAGAACACACCCCAAACCAAGAAGGAGGUGGUCCCACUGAGCCCAACGAGACCACGCCUUUGACAGGACCUGAGCCUGCCGCUGCAGACACCACCUCCACAGUGGUAAACUUGCUCCCCUCCACUGCCACUAACUCAGUUGCUGAGAGCUUUAGCACGGCGCAGAGCAGUCCUGCUAGUGAGAGCACCACGCUAACCACCAGCGCCUCCAGCCCAACCAAAGCUGCCCCUGCCAAGUCCCCCCCCAAAAACAGUCCUGCUGCCCAGUCCAGUUUGCUUAAUGCUAACACCCAAUCUGAUGUUGGGCCCCUGGUCGACCUGAGCGACACCCCUAAAGUUCCCAACCCAGCACCCCCUGUCUCAGAGCCAAUCAGCCCACCCUCUGCUAGUGCUGACGGGCCAAAGAGCCAGCGUGACCCAGUCAAAGCCCCUGACAGCACCCUGAGUAAGGACUUACAAGUAGACGGCCCGGCCAAGGAGGCACCCAGUGCUCUGUGCACAGACUCGUCCACACCAGCCCAAAAUGACGGUAAGACUGUGAAGGAUGAUAACACUAAAGGCGAGACGGAGGUGAAGAACGCCACAGCCGAGGUGAAGACAGUUCCCAACGAGGCUCCCCAAACGAACGGCAACGAAAGUAAAGCGUAAUCUCCUCACCCAAGAGUAGCGGGAAGAAGAAGGUGGUCGGGUGGUUGGGUUAGGAAGGGUGGUCGGGUGUGGGGUUAACAUGGGGUGGGGGGGGUCACAGUCACUGAAACCUCAAAGCAAUGUCACACACCACCCCAUUGCAUCAGAAAAAAAACAACAACAAAAAAACAACAGAAAAGCUUAAAAAAAGAAUUCAUGGGUCUCUUUCUACAGUGUCUUCUGACCAGGAAAAUGUAAAGACCUCAUGCACAUGCCUUAGUUUCUCUUACGACAGUUUCUAUUUGUUUAUUUGUCACAGAAAAAAGGAAAGUUCAUACUUAUAGCUCACCCUCAACUAUUAAAUAUGGAAAAGAAUCUAUACUAUUUUCCUGUAGAUAACCAUGGUUGGACUGUAGCUUUAUUUCACAGAUUACUGCCCUCAUGAUGUACACACAUGUAAGACUGGUACAUUACCAAUACUACUAUUCUUUAUGCAGUAUGGUCAUCAUCGUGGUAAUGGAUUAUGGGUCUUUCUUCCUUUGUCGAUAUUUUGUUGUGUUUAAAUAAUGUGCAGACGUUACUGCCUAUUUAGCUUUUUUAAUGUGUUAUUUCCAGGGCUAGAGAUUAGAACAUUAGCAUGCCUGUUUUUGCAAAGUUACUGUAUUUCUGUACAUGUUGCUGUCAUUUGGUUACUCUUUAGAUGUUUUUUUUGUUUUUCUUAAAUGUUGUCUCCAUAUGGUUCUGGUCCAGAAAUCAUUUAGCCUAAGCUAUGGGAAACAGAAGAAGACACCGGAGAAAGAUUUAUCAUGCUUUUAAAGUCAAGGUUCAGAGCUUUCAACCGUGUCUCCCUGAAAAUACUGUUUAUGUAUAUUGGCAAAUGGUUUCGGGUAAUACAUUAUGAAAGGAACCUCACUGCCAAGUGAACCUUGUGUUGCUUUUAAAAAUGUUGAUAGAAAUUGGAAUCUAGAUGACAUUAGGCUUCUUUCAAAAUGUAUUUGCAGUUGCAAAUUUGCUGUAUAAGAGCAUCAUUUUUAGGAGACAGGGUUGGGUUGGGUUAAGGGUAAGGGAAUAGUCAUGUUACUGCUGUGUUCCUUUUCAGGGGCCACGUCACUCAAAGUCCAAUUUGCUAGACAGACUACACUGUAGCAGGGGUUCUGGGUCUGGUGCACAUCUUGACAGCAGCUUUAGUCCAGCCCAUGGUGCUGAUUGGCUAAUCAUUAAUCCCCCCCGUGGUGUUCAUUGGAUUGAUUCCUUUUCAAUCAAGACACCUCUGUUUCAUGUGACAGUACCAGAUUAAUCAGGCAACUUGGUGGAGUGGUCAGAUUCAAAGGUGUGGACCCUGGCUACUAUCUUGCCUAAGUUUUCUCCCUGGGUCUUUAGUAUCCUCACAUCUACCAAUUACUUUUUCAUACUGCUUUCAGUCCUUCAACUCGCUUAGUCUUAAAACAACCAUGUGACCAAAUAUACCAGUUGUAUUCGCUUGAUCACUGUUAUGUACAUAUAUGAACGGGACCAAUGACAAAGGAUGCUGUGGGGUGUAAAAAAUGAAAGCAUACCCUUUGAAUUAACUGAUGCUUCUCUAAAGUAGCCAUGUAGUUAAAGUUAAAUAAGUUACAUGGAUAGAUUCACCAGCAACAUGGUACAAUGAUUGCCAGUUAUCCACUGUGUCUAAAUGUGAAACAUGGAACUAUCCUGGGUCGUGUAUGGGCAAAUCCUUGCUGGUUAUUUUUGACCUCAUAAGUUGAUGAGAACCACUCAAUAGGUGAUUUUAGAGGCAACAAGCAGGGACGCCUAUGCCCUUGUUGGCAAAAUGACCAAACUGUGUCUCCUAUGUUAACCUGCCAUCCCUCUCCAUCCCCGGAGUCCGGACCAAGAUGCGUCAUAUCCUGACCCAGACCUGUAACCAAUACAUUGAUUAGAAUUAUUAAGUUGUUCUUUGUUCUUUGGAGGAGGUGGCGCCUGUAAUGGAACACAGCUUAUUUGUGCGUUGUUAAUAUUGCCAAUUGGUUUUCUUUAGGUCAAUGUAAGAACACACCUUUAUCUCUUUCUCUCUCUCACGUACACCUGACCCUUUGCCGGUCUUCUUUUAACAUUUCAGACCAGUUCUCUACCUGACAGGUUUGGGGCUUAACAGUGACUCCAAAGGCCAUAUGUGUUUUGUCGAAACAAUUUCAGUCAGCAGGUUUGAUCUGAGAAGUAGACAUGUUUGUUGAAAGUAAACAAGCCCUCGCAGGCUUGUUGGCCAAACUCGUUGAAUUCUUGACACACCAGUUUCCACUGCCUGUAAUUGGUCUCGAAUAUCACAUUCAGUUUUUUUUUCCCUUGGGGUUAACCAUCUUUACCUUCUUCUCUGGUUCAUAGCCAUUGUUGCCUUCUCUGUGCUAACCACUAUUGUUCACUGCUUAUGUAUAACUGAUCGGCCCGAGGACUCAGCUUGCUGAGAUUUCUGCACCAAACAUCUGUUUCCCUCAGCCAUUGUUUCCUCUUUCACCACAACUGUUGUCAGUGCGAGUUUGUGUCAUCACUGCUUCCACCAUCUUGCGGUUAAGUUUUUAAUUAGUUUGUGCCUGCAGUGAUGUGACAUGUAUUGUAGGUUUAGUACAGUUUAUCACUUUGAUCUAAAUUCACUCUAUCACUAUACUCUUAGCACAAGGUCCACUAACUGGAAAAUUUCUGGAAAUGAUUAAAUGAGCCACAGCUAGCAGAGAUAUUUUGUCUUUAUCUGUUGUGCCUGGUCAGAUAUUACAGGCACUCUUAAAACAGGAAAUUCAGAUUUAUUAAGUUGAGCAAAUAAUACAAAGCCACAAAGAGAACACACACAUUGUAUAGUGUUGUGUGAAAGGACUACAUUGACUUUCUUGGGCAGUUUACCCAGUAUCUGAGAGGACUGAUUGCAUGAUCAUUAUCUGGGUCUGCUGUAGACACUAUAUCUGUUCACUGUGCAUGUUGAAUACCCAACAGACAGCUAGCAAUACACUAAACUGAGUGUGGUGUUCUAGGCAGCUAGGAUUGCGCAGCUCGUCUAAGUCUGGAUGGUUAGCUAAUUUUGAUGCAGAUAUCACCAGUCUAAAUUCUCCAGGCUUGUUAAGGGGGUUGUCAAAAUACUGUAAAAUAAAAACUAAUCGUAGAAAAUAUAGUUCUCUUCAUGCUUACUACAAAGUCGGGUUAAGCUAGCUAAGCAGCAGAAACACUGCCAAACACAGCGUAAGCUCAGAAACUGCCUGUAGUUUUGCAUGUGGCAGUGAUUAGCAUCGAUUAGCAUCCACAUUAUUUUCCCCCAGUCUUCCCUCACCUAGUCCUGCCAUACUUUGCUGUGACUGACUAGAACUAACCCAAACCUAGUGGCACUGUCCGAACCCUUGCCUUGUCCGACCUUGACGCUUCAAUGUGAUGAGUACUACGCAAUCACAGCCAAGUAGGGUUGGACUAUGUGAAACACAGGUUGUUAAAAACACGAAAAAAUAAAAACUCAGCCAAAAGAAUGAACAUUUAGUGAAAGGAAAAAGUUUUCUUCAUGCUUACUACAAAGUCGGGUAAAGGCUCAUUUAUACUCCCUUUGGAUUUGUCCGUUUCAAAUGUAAACGUCACUGCCCUCAUACUUCCAUGCGUCCUUUAUGUUGGCAUAGAUACAGCCACUAGAUGGCACUAGAGGGCGGAGUCAAAAGUACACAACAAAACAUAAGGUGACAGAGGAGGAGGUCGUAAUAUUGUACCUCUUAACGGAGGCAGUGCUGUAGACAGCAGUGGUCUUUGUGGCCAUUAUAAACAUGCCGACAUGUAGCAGAGAAUUCUUUUCCCUAUAUUACCAAUUUGUUCCACUCCGACAUUAUUUAUAUUUCUUUGCUGUCUCCUUCACCUGUAUCUCGCUUGAACUACACUACACUGCCUCCAUGAUCUCCAGUGGUACUGCUCAGUUUCGUCCGUAUCUGUAAGCUUCCAGAAAGUGUGUACAAAUGCGGACAAACUAAACUCUUAGAAUUGACAGAAGGCUCCAUCCGUCUUCGUCUCCAUCGUCGAGCAUAAAUGAGCCUUUAAGCUGGUUUAACAGCAAAAACACUGCCAAACACACCAUAAACUAAGAUCACCAUCAGCAUUAUAUGAAACCAGCCUACAACAGUUAAACCGUUUCAUUCAGAUCAUUGUAAUAAUUUUGAGCACAGGUUGAUAUUGUCUACAAACAUUUGUGACCUCUUGUCACACUUUCACCAGCAUCAGACUGUCUGUCCAGCUAUGACCAGUUACAAACCAGCUCAGACCAUCAACCAGUUCUACCCACAUGUUCCAAGCACAAUUGUUGUAUAAAUGUUUUUAGACUCUUGGUUUAUAAUGGACAUUAUUAUGAUGAAAUCAAGAUUUUGGAUAAUGCCGAUUGGCUAUUGUUAUUUAGCGUACAACAUGUUAACAUUUUAGCAUGCACACUGGACAGAAAUACUUAAACAGAGGUAGCAAUCCUCAUUAAACUACCAAAAGCAGUCUGGUCCUUUCAGACUAACAAAAAAGCCCAAGCAGUGAGUAGCAUAGCUGAAAUUUGGUUUAAAUCUAGAUAACACAACUGGAUCUGUGUCUUUAAAUGAAUGUACACACAUAAGCCAUUAAGCAUCGCCUCUCAGUGGUCCUUUUUCCCCCAACAAUACUGAAUGAAGAUGAAAUUUCACCACUUUAACUACCCAGGAAGAAAAUUGGUGUGAGGUGUUUGAAGGUGUCUUUUUACGCCUGGAAAGAUUUCAAAAUGUUCUCUCUCAAGCCAUAGUCCCCCGCUGCGGAUUUUGGAAGGUUAAAAAGUGAGUCAUUGUGAACCAUCUUUUUUUUUUUUUUUUUGUACAGUGUUCUCCUACUUUAGACUGCAAGCUAGUACACUGUGAAUGUGUGAAUCCAUUGUGUCCUUUGUCAUAGAGUUGAUCAAAUAGUUUGAUUGUGAAGAGAUGUAGCUGAUAGUGUGAGACAGAAUUUUCCAACGCCAACGUACAGACGUCUAACAGCUGCAAACUGGAAAGACACAGUGCCUUUGAAUAAGAAAGUGGUGGCAUGCAUUCCAUUCCUCUCAGUGUCUGUCCAUUAAAAGUUUCACAUCUCUAUCUUCUUGCAGAUUUGCUUUUUCAUUUACUACAUUUCGCAGGUGUGAGUUACGCAGUGCUUUAAGAUUGUGUCUUAUAUUCAGAAUGGCUGAGUCAAUGUGUUCUGAUGUAUAUGAUGGGUCUUUUACACUGUCCUCAUUAAAGGAUGAUUCUGGUUUAUUACAGCAUGUUUCGCCAUCAUUUCUCAUUGCGAUAACACUGUACUCACCAAGUCAAUUUCUGAGCUCUACAAAAGUGGCAACAUCACUAAGAAGACAGCCUGUUCUCAUUCCAAGGUUAUAAUAUACCGACGUUCUGUCACACCUUUUCGGCGUGUGAUACUGACACCGAAGGCACCCUUUGGCGUCGCUAUUACCCCUUUUCCACCAACAUGGAACUGGUUCUGUUCUGGUUCCUGCACCUAGUCUUGAACUGUUCAGAGAAUUUUGAUCAAAACUCAAUUGAUUCAAAACCUGAAAAAGUUGGUUCCCAGCUGGAACCAAAAAAUAUCAAGUUUUCCUUGACCUAAAGUGUGAACCAUGACGAUAUAAGUGGGCGUGAAGGCAACAGUCCAUUGAGAAUUUUUCAAAGUCGGUCUAUGCUUGUUUUUGGGUAAAAACAAAUAUCUGUCCUAACAGAACAAAAGUUUGCAGGUAAUUAAUGUAAUCCAGGAUUUAGCUGCUAUUGUUAACUUGCGUUGUGCAUUGUGCGACACCCUCCGUUGAUGAUAUGUCCUUGAUGACAGUGGUUCCACUCGAAACUGGUGGUAACGCAGGCUGGUUCACAGGUUGGCACCAAGAUUCCUGGAACCAUGAAUGGAACCAGUUCAAGAAUCAGAGCAAACUUAAUGGAAAAGGGGUACAAUCUGAGACACACCGGGCUUUCAACUAACUCAGAGGUGACCCAUCUAGGGUUAUAUUUAAUGCUGCCAGCAACUAACAUAGUUUUAAGAGCAAGGAACUCUGCAUAUGGUGGGUGGUGAAUGGGUCAAACAAAUAAGGCGUUCACCCAGGACACCAGAAGUCAAUGUUGUUAUAAUGUAAUUUUAGGUAAUUAGGUACAUCCAAUGUGAAGAGAGAAGUCAAUGUUUCAAUGUAGCAUUAUGUCCAACCCGGUCCCAUUCCGAAGUGAUCAAAUACCAUCACCUGGUGAUUAAUUUCUGCAUCAGACACCGACAAAAACAGACAUCCUUUUGUGGCAGUAUGAUGUUGUCCGGCCAAACUAUUAGACCUAAUCCCAAACCAACAUUACCAACAUUUCAGGUGCAAUCACAUGGUUUAUAACCUUCCUGACUACAUGGUUUUCCCAUUCAAUGAACUAUGUUGGUAUAAUAAAUAGAAAUGGUAUAAUAAAUAGAAAUG